CAUAAUUACAUUGUAUUCUUUAAAUACAUUUUACUGUGUAAGACCAUGUAACUGCAGCUAAUACGCAGCUGUUGUGUUUUUUAUUAUUAUUAAAAAAGCGACUCAUUUGUCGUUGGUCGACGUUAAACGGAGGGCAAAGUUCACAACGCAAGAUGGCGGCUUCCUGUGGCAGGUUUGUUCCGCUGGUUCUGCUGUUCUUCUGUUUGAGCGCUCAUGCUGUGGACCAUAGCAACUUUAAAACAUGUGACAAGAGCACCUUCUGCAAGCGUCAGAGGGAGUUGAAGCCCGGUCAGUCUCCAUACAGAGCUCUGUUGGACACACUGGAGCUGAGCAACUCCAGACUCACCCUGCAGCUCAUCAACAACAACAACAAGGUUCGCUUGUUGCUUGAGUUGUACAGACUGCAGGGGAACAUGACACGAGUGAAGAUUAAUGAACUCAAACCACUGAAGCCUCGCUUUGAGGUUCCAGAUGUACUCAUCACUGAUCCACUUACUGAACCGUUGUCAGUGGUGACCCAGGAUGAGAAUGGUCUGGUGUUGUCUCUGGGCGGAGACGAGCAGCGUCUCAUCGUAAGUGCUCAGCCGUUCAGGCUCGACAUCGUCGAGGGUCGUCAAGUGCUCGUGUCCCUCAACUCCCGUGGUCUACUGGCUUUUGAGCAUCUCCGAGCACGCAAGGACACUAUCUCUCAUAAAAUAAGUAGCACAGUUGGUAGCAUGUGGGACUCACUCAAGAGCAUUUUCUCUAGUAAAAGUGAAUCUAAUUUGGAGCAAGAUUCAGGACAAGAGAAUGUGGAGCAGCGGGCGGAUGAAAAGGAUGGACCGAUUAUAGAAGAGGAGGAUAAACCGGGCAUGUGGGAGGAAAUGUUUAAGUCUCAUAGUGAUUCAAAGCCCAAUGGUCCAACUUCUAUUAGUUUAGAUUUUUCUCUACCUCAGGUGGAACAUCUCUACGGCAUUCCAGAACACGCGGACACACUAAAACUAAAAAACACAGACGGAUCAGACCCUUAUCGGCUGUACAACUUGGAUGUUUUCCAGUAUGAGCUGCACAAUCCAAUGGCUCUGUAUGGGUCUGUUCCUGUGCUCAUAUCUCACUGUACUGAGCGCACAAUGGGCAUCUUCUGGCUUAAUGCAGCAGAGACAUGGGUGGACAUCAGCUCAAAUACUGCAGGAAAGGACUCCAGUGAAGAUGCUCAGACUGAUGUACGCUGGAUCUCUGAGAGUGGAAUAAUUGAUGUUUUUAUCAUGCUGGGACCCAAACCUACUGAUGUCUUUACUCAAUAUGCUUCACUUACAGGCACUCAAUCAUUCCCUCCUCUCUCUGCUCUGGCGUAUCAUCAGUGCCGCUGGAACUAUAAUGAUCAGGAGGAUGUGAAGGCUGUUGAUCAGGGCUUUGAUGAGCAUGACAUUCCCUAUGACUUCAUUUGGCUGGACAUUGAGCAUACAGAUGGAAAACGCUACUUCACCUGGGACUCAAGCAAGUUCCCCCAGCCCAAAGACAUGCUGCAGGGUUUGAUGGACAAAAGACGCAAGCUAGUGGCCAUUGUAGAUCCUCAUAUUAAGGUGGACAGUGGCUACAAGAUUCACAAUGAGAUUCGCUCAAAAAACUUCUAUGUUAAAAACAAAGAUGGAGGAGACUAUGAAGGCUGGUGCUGGCCAGGUAAUUCUGGCUAUCCUGACUUCACUAAUCCUGAGAUGAGAGCGUGGUGGUCCAGCAUGUUUGCCUAUGACCAGUAUGAGGGAUCCAUGGAGAAUCAGUACAUCUGGAACGACAUGAAUGAGCCGUCUGUGUUUAAUGGGCCCGAGGUGACCAUGCACAAAGAUGCGCUUCAUGGUGUUUGGGAGCACAGGGAUGUUCACAACCUUUAUGGCCUCUAUGUGCAAAAGGCGACUGCAGAUGGUUUGAUUCAGCGUUCAGGAGGAGUGGAGAGACCGUUUGUUCUGACCAGAGCAUUUUUUGCUGGGUCACAGCGUUACGGUGCGGUGUGGACAGGAGAUAAUGCAGCUGAAUGGGGUCAUCUGAAGAUCUCCAUCCCCAUGUGCUUGAGUCUGGGUUUAGUAGGCAUCUCUUUCUGUGGGGCUGAUGUUGGUGGAUUCUUUAAGCAUCCUAGCGCAGAGCUCUUGGUGCGGUGGUACCAGGCGGGAGCUUAUCAGCCAUUUUUCCGUGCACAUGCUCAUCUGGACACCCCCCGUAGGGAACCCUGGCUGUUUGGCCCAGAGAUCACUGCACUUAUCCGAGAGGCAGUGCGCCAGCGAUAUGCCCUCCUGCCUAACUGGUACCAGCUGUUCUACAAUGCACACCGCACCGGACAGCCUGUUAUGAGACCUUUAUGGGUGGAGUAUCCUGAGGAUGUUACUACUUUCUCGAUUGAGGAUGAGUACUUGCUUGGGAAGGAUUUGCUGGUGCACCCUGUUACUGAUGAGGGUUCAAUGGGUGUAACUGCCUACCUGCCUGGAAAAGGCGAGGUUUGGUAUGAUGUUCACACAUUCCAGAAACAUGAUGGGUCUCAGAGUCUCUUUAUUCCUGUCACCAUGAGCUCAAUCCCAGUUUUCCAGCGAGGAGGCUCCAUUAUCUGCAGGAAGGAACGUAUUAGGAGAUCUUCCUCUUGUAUGGAGAAUGAUCCAUACACCCUCUAUGUGGCUCUCAGUCUGCAGGGCUUUGCUGACGGAGAGCUAUACAUCGAUGACUUCCAUACGUUCAACUUUGAAAAGGAGAAGCAGUUUAUCCACAGGCAUCUGUCUUUCUCUGCCAACACACUCUCCUCUAGAAAUCUUGCCCCGGACUCUCAUUUCUCCACUGGCUCAUGGAUAGAGAAGAUUGUCAUUAUUGGAGGCAGCCGGCCAUCUUCUGUCACACUUAGAAACGCAGAUGGUAUCGAGUCAGCUGUAGAGUUUGACUUUGACUCUGUGACUACAGUUUUAACUCUACGUAAACCAGGGGUCAAUGCAGGGGCAGACUGGACCGUCCUUCUGCGGUAACACUAUGAUGAUCAGAUACAGGAACAUUAUAAAAAAAAAUAAAAGUCCAGAUGGAACGUGAAUGAACAAGAAAUAAUUUAGAUUUGUGAUAUAUUGUUGUUGGAAUGAGUUACGAUAAAUUGAAUGCAAUAGAUAUAUUAGUGAUGUAUUUGUAUGUUUAAAUGUAGGGGACCAAGGAACAUGCGAGUUCACAUGAUAGGCUGUAUCUACAGUUUUAGCAUUUUUCCUUUUAUAUUUAGCAAUUUAAUAAUUUGUUGAAAGUUAAAACUUGAAAAUGCAGAGGUUGUUGAUUUUAAAGAUUGUACUUUCUUGUCUCAGGUAUUUUGGCAUAAAAAUAAAUGUAACCUCCAGGAAUACAAAACAUUUUACACUGAGAAACCGUAUUACAUUUUCUUAUUGGGUUAUUGACUGGGCUACUUAAUUAUUAUUAUUAUUAUUAUUAUUAUUAUUAAUUGGUGCAUAUAGGUAUACAAAUUUGUAAAUGGAUUAGGUUGGUCCUUCCUGCCAUUUGAAAACCUCACAAAACAAGUGUGGUCAGUUUAUUUAGGACACUUUUAUUUGGCUUAGUGUUGAUGUCAAGAACAUAAAGUGUUAAAGUCUUCCCCAUAAAGUCUUCCCCAAUUUACUAACCCUUAACCAAAAGGUGUUCUGUAUAUUGAUUAUUACCUUUUGACUAUGAAGUUCUUAUUAAACAUAAUUUCCAAUUUCCUGCCUGAAGCAAAACUUGACCAAUGAAAAACAAUUACCAAUAAAAAAAUUAACUAAGACCUUUUCUCUUUUUAGUUUUAGAAAUUGUAUUUUAAGCUUUGAAGAUAAUAUUUAGCUAAUUUUCCUUUUCAAAGAAUUAUUAAUAUAUCUGCGCUAUCACAGAAAUCUUUUACUUGAAUUGUGUCCGUGUGUGUCCGUCCGGCCGGCCGUGUCCCUUUUUCAGGACACUGUAUUUUAAAGAUAAUUUUGUAAAAAUCCAAAUUACA